GCGCGUCCUGAUAUCACUCCGCUGGCAUGGAGGAGGAGGAGGAGGUGGAGGAGCGCGAGGAGGAGGAGGAGGCGGCGGCGGCGAGCAGUUGAUCAUUGUGAUGGUGGCGGAGGCGGCGGCGGCAGCGGCAGCCUGGCCGAGCGUUAGUGGCUGCUCUCCGCGCGGCGUUUCGCAAAGGACUCCAGCGAUCUACUUUUGCAGUCGCCUCGGACUGUCCAUGUGUUUACUUGCCCAGCCCGAGGACUCGAUGUCUAGGCUCCUGUGAAAUGCAACUGAGCAGCCAAAGUACUUUGAGAACACGGGGCGGCAUAAACACCAAAACUUUUUUGUGGAAGGAAAAUGCAAUAAGCAAGCUCGCCGUUUUUCGAUGCGGCGUGGAGUGAGUGUGUGUCGCGCGUGUCCGCACUGGAGGCACACGCUCGUGUGUGUACAUGGGGUGUGUUUUUCGGUACGUAGGGAGAAAAUGCUUGCCAACCACCGGAAACCUCCUGGAAUUUAUUAGAAAAUAAUGGAUUAUUAAAAGGAGGCAGGCGAGGAGCGAUCUCCCCUUGAGUUGCAAGCCGAUCUGCUGCCGGCUCAGUUUGUUGGGAUUCUAUUUGUUGAUAGGUGUCUAAUGGUAUUCUGAUAACACCCCCUUUUUUUCUCCCCUCGAUCUUUACAGUUUUUUUUUAAGGAAACAAAAAAAAACACCCCAAAAUCUCUUCCCCCUUUUUUCACCCCGUGGGGAUCGCUGUUUUCAUCCAUGUGCUUGCGUCUCCCCCGCGUUCCACUUAAACUAUUUUAAUCCUUGGACCCAAGGAGGAGGCUGAUAGGGGGGGUGGAUUAAAAAAAAGUUCUUCCAAAAUAGUGUGCCCCGGGAGCAGGAUGGGGGAUUUCGCAGCCCCCGCUGCAGCCGCGAAUGGUAGUAGUAUCUGCAUCAACAGCAGCCUGAGCAGCAGCCUCGGCGGGGCCGGGAUCGGCGUGAAUACUCCCAAUAGCACUCCGGUUGCUCCGAGUGGCAAUCACCCCGCUGCCGGCGGCUGCGGCGGCUCCGGGGGCCCCGGCGGCAGCUCGGCGGCCGUCCCCAAGCACAGCACCGUAGUGGAGCGGCUCCGCCAGCGCAUCGAGGGCUGCCGGCGGCACCACGUCAACUGCGAGAACAGGUAUCAGCAGGCUCAGGUGGAGCAGCUGGAGCUGGAGCGCCGGGACACCGUGAGCCUCUAUCAGAGGACCCUGGAGCAGAGAGCCAAGAAAUCAGGCGCCGGCACCGGCAAGCAGCAGCACCCGAGUAAAGCCCAGCAAGAUGCGGAGGCUGCCUCAGCCGAGCAGAGGAACCAUACGCUGAUCAUGCUGCAAGAGACUGUGAAGAGGAAGUUGGAAGGGGCCCGAUCACCAUUAAAUGGGGACCAGCAGAAUGGCGCUUGCGACGGGAGCUUCUCACCGACGAGCAAGCGCAUCCGAAAGGAUCUUAGCACGGGGCUGGAAGCCAUCAACAAUUUGCCCAACAACAUGCCACUGCCUUCAGCUUCUCCCCUUCACCAACUUGACCUCAAGCCUUCUCUGCCCUUGCAGAACAGUGCUGCUCACACUCCUGGGCUUCUAGAAGAUCUGAGUAAGAAUGGCAGGCUCCCUGAGAUCAAGCUCCCUGUCAAUGGCUGUGGGGAUCUGGAGGAUAGCUUUGCUAUCUUGCAGAACAAGGACCUCAAACAGGAGCCUCUUGACGACCCUGCCUGCAUAGACACAUCAGAAACGUCCCUUUCUAACCAGAACAAGCUGUUCUCUGACAUUAACCUGAAUGACCAAGAGUGGCAAGAACUAAUAGAUGAACUGGCCAACACGGUUCCAGAAGACGACAUCCAGGACCUGUUCAAUGAAGACUUUGAAGAGAAGAAGGAGCAGGAAUUCUCACAGACAACCAUGGAGACUCCGCUCUCCCAGGAGAGCGUGAGUGUGAAGAGCGAUGCCUCUCACUCUCCUUUUGCACACGUCUCUCUGGGAUCGCCUCAGGCCAGACCUUCAUCUUCUGGCCCUCCCUUUUCCACUGUCUCCACAGGCACUAGCUUGCCAUCCGUGGCCAACACUCCCGUGGCUCCAAACCCUGCCAGCUCGCCAGCUAACUGUGCUGUCCAGUCCCCCCAGACUCCAAGCCAAGCCCACACUCCAGGUCAAGCCCCGCCUCGGCCUGGCAAUGGCUAUCUCCUUAAUCCAGUCUCUGUGGCAGUAUCUGGUUCAGGGUCCGGCGCUGUGGCAGUGCCCAGCUCUGACAUGUCCCCAGCAGAGCAGCUCAAACAGAUGGCUGCCCAGCAACAACAGAGGGCAAAACUCAUGCAACAGAAGCAGCAGCAGCAGCAGCAGCAACAGCAGCAGCAGCAGCAACAACAGCACUCAAAUCAGACUUCAAGUUGGUCUCCCUUAGGGCCUCCAUCAAGUCCAUAUGGAACAGCUUUUGCUUCAGAAAAACCAAAUAGCCCAAUGAUGUACCCCCAAGCCUUUAACAACCAAAACACUAUAGUGCCUGCAAUGGCAAACAGCCUGCAGAAGACGACCAUGAACAACUACCUCCCUUCCAAUCACAUGAAUAUGAUCAGUCAGCAGCCAAAUAACUUGGGUACAAACUCCUUAAACAAACAGCACAAUCUUCUCACCUAUGGCAACACUAAGCCCCUGACCCAUUUUAAUGCGGACUUGAGUCCGAGAAUGACGCCCCCUAUGGCCAACCCCAACAAAACCCCCUUGAUGCCCUACAUCCAGCAGCCGCCCCAGCAGCAGCCUCCGCAGCCGCAGCCACCCCAGCAGCAGCCUCCACCUCCACCACAGCUGCAGGCUCCCAGGGCGCACCUGAGCGAGGACCAGAAACGCAUGCUUCUCAUAAAGCAGAAAGGAGUGAUGAACCCACCCAUGGCCUAUGCUGCGCUUCCUGCCCACGGUCAGGAGCAGCAUGCGGUUGGUCUUCCCCGGACCACGGGCCCUAUGCAGAGCUCUGUGCCCCCAGGGUCAGGCAGCAUGGUCUCCGGAGCCAGUCCUGGGGGCCUUGGAUUUCUAGGCAGCCAGCCACAGGCAGCUAUCAUGAAGCAGAUGCUAAUGGAUCAACGAGCCCAGCUGAUGGAGCAUCAGAAGCAACAGUUCCUUCGGGAGCAGAGGCAGCAGCAACAGCAGCAGCAGCAGCAGCAGCAGCAGCAACAGCAGCAGCAGCAGAUCCUGGCUGAGCAGCAGUUACAACAGCCACACCUGCCCCGCCAGCAUCUCCAGCAACAACGGAAUCCAUAUCCAGUGCAGCAGGUCAAUCAGUUCCAAGGUUCACCCCAGGACAUAGCAGCCGUGAGAAACCAGGCGGCUCUCCAGAGCGUGCGAACGUCAAGGUUGAUGGCACAGAAUGCAGGCAUGAUGGGAAUGGGACCUUCCCAGAACCCAGGGACAAUGGCUACAGCAGCAGCACAGUCAGAGUUAGGACUGGCCCCUUACAGUGCCCCUCCAACCAGCCAGCCAGGAAUGUACAACAUGAACGCAGGAAUGACACAAAUGUUGCAGCAUCCCAACCAAAGUGGCAUGGGCAUCCCACACAACCAACCCCAGGGACCCAGGCCUCCAGCCUCCAGCCAGGGGGUAGGCAUGGUGAGUGGCUUCAGUCAAAGCAUGCUGGUGAACUCGGCUCUUUCGCAGCAGCACCAGCAGCUGAAAGGGCCCGUAGGCCAGGCCUUGCCUAGGCCCCAAGGCCCACCAAGGCUUCAGAGUGUCAUGGGAACCGUCCAGCAAGGAGCACAAAACUGGCAACAGCGGAGCUUACAGGGAGUUCCCGGGAGGACUAGUGGAGAGUUGGGACCAUUCAACAAUGGCACCAGCUAUCCACUUCAAGCUGGUCAGCCAAGACUGACCAAACAACACUUCCCACAAGGACUGAGCCAGCCAGUCAUGGAUGCUAACACUGGUGCAAUGAGAAGCCUCAACCCAGCAGCUAUGGGACGUCAGAUGAUGCCACCCCUGGUAGGACAGCAAAGUGCCAGCCAGGUGAGGCCACUGGUCAUGCCUGGCCUGAGCCAGGGUGUCCCUGGAAUGCCGGCAUUCAGCCAGCCCCCAGCACAGCAGCAGAUAGCAGGCAGCAGCUUUGCUGCAAGCAACCAGGGCCAGGCCUAUGAGCGGACUCCCGCUCAGGACAUGUCAUACAAUUAUAGCGGUGAAGGUGCUGGGGCUUCCUUCCCUGGCCUCCCAGACAGUACAGACCUCGUGGACUCCAUCAUCAAAAGUGGCCCGGGGGAUGAGUGGAUGCAAGAGCUUGACGAACUGUUUGGUAACCCCUAGUCAGGAGGGAACCCAAGAGCUCUUCUGCUAGACGCCUCACAAGUGAGAAGGAAACAGGAUGGAGACCCAUCCUUGUUUUUUGUUUUUUUGACCCACGUAAAUUGAGAACAUGACAUCUGGCUGACAGUAGAAGGCACCGGUGUCCAUCCCCGGCUCCGUGGAGCAUUGUUCCACCUGACUUCCACAGAGCAAUCAAGUAGAGAGGGCAUGCCGAUACCCACCUGCAGAGAAGGGAUGUAGAGAGCAGGUGAGGAAGUGGAGGCAACACGAGCUCCUCUGCUAAGCACCCCUGGGAUCUUCUGGUCCAGAGGAGCUGUUCCAGCCCAGAGGGACUCUGGCCCAAGAUGAGGUCCCCUUAGGCCUUCCUGCCUCAGGUCCCGAGACCUCAGCUUUGGAGACAAGAGAUGGAGUCUCAGCCAGAAGAAGCCCAGCAGAGGAGGCACACGUGCCAUGUGCAUAGGUCAGAAAGAGAGGUACACUUCCAGACAUGUUCCUGGAUUUGGAGGCAGGAAUGAAGAACCGUGAGCUCACCUGAGCUGGCCCCAGGGAAACAAGCAAAGAUCCGCCAGGCCUGUUUGUCUCCUGCCCAGUGGUGACCCUCAGGAACGGUAAGGUGUUGCUGCCAGCCACCUCACCAGGCCUGGAGGUGAGGCCAACUAUGCUUGAGAAGGGCCCAACCAGUAGCCCUGAUGGUCAGCUUCGGCUGGAGGCCAUGGCGGCUACCACUCUGGUUGAGCUCCCAUCCAAUUUGACACAUCUAGCUGGUUUUCAUAUGCUUAUGGCCACAUGGGUGGAAAGACUCCUGCAGUUCAGUGUCUGCCAAGCCGGCCCCUUCCAUCCUCACCCCUGCCUCCACUCCUCCCAGCCUCCAUGCCAGCCUGCCUUUACUUCUCCCUACAGACUAUCCAGGAAGUGAAGGGCUGAGGCAGAGUCAACAUAAAUGCAAGAAUGUAGACAGUGCCUGGCAUGGAAGGCGACACUGGAAUCUUCUUCCACCAAGUGGAAAGUCAACCUUCUCCGCUGGAGCGGAGUAGGCUGGCGGCACUGAUAAGAACUGCGGGUUUAUAAGAGCCACACCCAUGCUUCUGCAGUCCCCAGGGAAGAGCGGCCUGAAGAUGCCCAGUUCUUUCAGAUGGUGUCAUCGAUGGCACUCCAGAAUCAGCCUUGCUCAUCAACUCCAGCAUCAAGAAGACAAAUAUCAAAUGCUAGAGAUGGAAAAGCUGAACGGCAUACCUCUGUCUUAACGAUCUGGUGCGGAGGAGAGGAGAGGAGAGGGAAGUGUGGCCACUAUCCUAAAGGCACUCACUCUGCUUCCACAGCUGUGCAGCCGUUCUCCAUGGAACUCACACAUGCCUGCUGAAGUGAAAACUAAGAAGUGAACCGCCUCCCAUGGUCGCAAGCCUUGUCUCUUGGUCUUUACCUCCACUCCCACAAUCCCAUCUUGGAGGUCAUGUGACAUUUGUCCAUGUUGUUUACUUUCCUCCUGACCCCUCCCCCCACACACACCUACACACACACAUGUGCACACACACACACCAGAGCACAUGUACAUCCUACAAACUGGCUUCCUUCUCUGUCUUCAUAUACACCUUACGACAGAAGACUGGAGCCUGUGGGGACUUAAGUGGCCAUACCCAAGAGAGCGCAGAGAGGAUGCCGAAGAAAGCUGAGGUGGGGUGCCAGGGAGAGGGAGAGGGUAACCCUUAAUUUGUUCUCCAUAUCCCCAGAGUUCCAGACCUGCUCAGACAGGAAGUAAAGCCAGAGGUACCAGGGUGAGGAGCUGCGUGCCUCUCCAAAGAGAUGGUGGCAAGGUGACUGUGACCUCCCGGAAUGGGGAGGAACUGCCACUAGGGAAACUGAGUGGAAACACGUGAAAACCAAAAAAUAAAAAUGUAAAAAAAAAAAAAAAAUAGUAAAUCGAGAAAGUGUAGGAUGCAAAUUUAUCACUUUUUCCUGCCAGGUACAGGAAAGAAAUAUACAAGCAAUGAUGAGAAACUGGAGGUGGAGAGAGGGGGCUCGUUGUCUUUUAAAAGCCUCCUGCAAGUGCCCAGUCUGAGGACCAACUAAUAGAGUGGUAGAUUUUAAUGAGCUCGUUUUGUUUUUGUUUUUACUACGGUGCUGAUGUAUAUGUAAUGUCUAAAAAAGCUAUUUGUAAAUAAGUUUUUACAAUGCUACAGAUAUCACUGGGUCUACUAUAUGUAAAAAGUAUACAUAAAAUAUAUAUAUAUAUAUAAAAUGUUUGUUUAAAAUAGAGUAUUUUUAUUUCCUCCCUAACUCAUCAUUGAAGAGGUAAUAUUACACUUCAGAUGACAUCUAGUUACUGAUUUCUACUGUAUGACGUAUGGCAACUUCCUCCAUUUUCUUCAGAUUUUUCUAUUUUGUUCUUACUUUGUACAUCAAGCAUUGCUUAUCUCCUUUAUGGAAUGUACACAACUCUGAUAUGUAGAAGCAAAGCAAUGUUGACAUACCGCUUUUAAAGAAAAAACAACCAACCAAUAAAAUGUCACUAUCUGAAUCAAUCCA